AUGGCGAGACCCCAGUCGUCUAGGGGAGAUACCUACGAGAAUAAGGGCCUUGGAGAUCAAUUCAACACUCCAGGCGGCACCCAGUACAACUAUACAGGCUCUAACACAACCGUCAAUAACUAUCAUGAUAUUAAACCGCCGAAGGCUUUACAGGAAAGAUGCCUCGAAUCUUUGCGCUUUUCAGGAAUAGAUGAUCGGCUUAAUAGCAUGGAGGACGCUGCGGAGGGUACCUGCGAGUGGCUGAUUCAACAUAAGAAGUACAAGAACUGGGCUUCCCGAGAUCGGAGUUUACUCUGGAUCAAGGGCAAGCCUGGCUCUGGAAAAUCGACCUUACUACAAUACGCUCUUAAAAAUGCCGAGAAGACACCCAAUAUUGGAGAAAGCAAUCCUAUCUUUCUCUCAUUCUUCUUCUAUGACCGCGGUAAUACCGAACAGAAGACGCCACUUGGCUUCUUCCAGUCACUCCUUUAUCAGCUCCUCUGCAAGGCUCCCGAUGCUAUGGGUGAACUUCUUACUGCGUUUGAGGAACGGGAAAAUAAGGGGGAACACGGUGUAAUGUGGCACUGGUAUCAAAAGGAGCUGCACGCCUUGUUUGAGUCUUCCCUUCGGGAUAUUUUAAAAAUCCGCCCAAUCUGGCUAUUUGUCGAUGCGCUGGACGAAUGUACUGAACCAGACAUGGCUAUGUUUAUACAGAAGUUGAAGCUCGGAUUCCAACAACUACCACCCACUAGUUUACCAUGUCGCGUAUGCUUCACUUCCCGUCAACACUCGUUCCAAAACCAAAUAUCUGACCUGGAUGUCGAAUCGGAAAUUUCUGUGGAGAGCCACAAUGGAAGAGAUAUUUCUACCUAUGUGACGUCUAGGCUUUCCAUCGCAUCUAUGCUUUCGAUUGCUGAGAAGAAGGCCGUUGCGGAAAAGAUCACGGAGCGCGCCCGUGGAAUUUUUAUGUGGGCUCGUCUCGUUGUGGUAAGAGUUCUAGAACUUGAGCCUUAUGAGCCUACGGAAGCGAUAGUCGAAGAGAUUAUGAAUACCUCUCAAGAUCUAUACGACUUAUACGCAAAACUUAUUGAGAAAGUGAAGGGGAACCCAGGUUCCCUAAAGCUGCUCCAAUGGAUUUGCUUUGCUAAGCGGCCCCUGUCUCUAGACGAAUUGCGAUGGGCUAUGGCCGUAGAUGCUGAUAUAAAGAGUCCAUAUCGGUCAUUAAAGGUAUGUAAGAAUACGACCUAUUAUACAUCCAAAAAUCAAGUAAUAGAGGGGAGGGUUAAAACUUAUAGCUGUGGGAUUACCGAGGUUAUACAGUUAUCUACGGGACCAAUCGUACAGUUUAUCCACCAGUCAGCCAAAGACUUUUUAGUUGAAAAGGGUCUAUCGCUUCUUGACUGCAGCCGGAUCCCUGGGGGUAGGGAUAAUGCAAUAGGACGUGCACACUAUCAAAUAUCCAGAACCUGCAUACGCUACUUAUCCAUGGAAGAGGUUGCUCAGUCGACAGUCGGCAAAUCUAGAUUUAGUUAUUCACUAACCGACAGGUUUAUAUUAGCGUCUAGGUUUCCCCUACUAGAGUAUACGUGCUCGUGGAUAUCACACGUACAAAAAAGUGAUGCACAAGGGGUGCCUCAAGAUGACCUGUUAGACUAUUUCAACUGGCCAUCGGAGGGUAUUGUUCGAACAUGGGCACAUUAUCACUGGGUUCUGGAUCGAACCCUGGAAAGCUAUCAGGGCCAUAGUACUCUGUUACAUUUAAUGGCAGAAAAUCGUAUUAUUGGCCCCUGCCGGGCGAUUCUGAAAAGGGCAGACGAGGAGAGCGUUGAUAUCACUGCGACAGAUGGCGACGGUCGUACGCCGCUUCAUCUUGCUGCCGCUUCGGGGGAUGAUACUAUUGUUGAGCUGCUCCUUAGCACGGGCAAGUUUGAUGUCGAAGAUCAUACCUACCUACACCUACGCCCGGUCAGAUGGCUUAUGCGCAAGAAACUACCUAACCCGUGCAAGGAUGAUAUCAAUACAGCAGAUAUGGGUGGACAGACCCCACUUUGGCACGCCAUUUCGAGGGGGCAUGCGGCUACAGUCAAACUCCUUCUCAAUCAACGCAAAAUUGAUGUCAACAACGGUAAACCGCCGCCACUAUGCGAGGCUGCUCGGAAGGGCCGUGGAGAUAUUGUCAAGCUACUUCUAGAAACUGGCAAGGUCAAUAUCAAUGCACAGGAUAUGGAUAACCAAACAGCUCUUCACUAUGCUACCGGCCAAUCAACAAAGUCUCCAGUCAAGGUACUUGAUACUAGCAAGGUUAAUACCAAUGCACGGGAUAAAUUUAGCAGGACAGCUCAUCACUGUGCUACCAGCCGUUCAGCAGCGGCCAUAGUCAAGCUACUUCUUGAUACUGGCAAGGCUGAUAUUAAUGCACAGGAUAAUCACGGCAAUACAGCUCUUUAUAAUGCUACUUUUCGUCAGGAAGAGGCCGUUGUUAAAGUACUACUCGAAACUGGAAAGGCUAAUGUUAAUAUUAAGGAUAACGAUGGCAACACUGCUUUCUAUACUGCUAUUAUUAUCAAGUCCUGGAGUAUAGUUAAGCUGUUGCUUGAUACUGGAAAGGUUGAUAUCAAUAUGCAGGGUUAUGGCGGCAUAACAGCUCUUCACCGUGCUACUAGUUAUUCAACAGAGGCUAUAGUCAAGCUACUUCUUGAUACCGGCAAGGUUAAUAUCAACGCACGGGAUGAUUUCGGCUCGACGGCUCUCCACUAUGCCAUUGACCGUGAACCAGAGGGAGCAACUAUCUAUCAAAUAGAAGCUAUAGUAAAACUACUUCUAGAAACCGGCAAGAUUGACGUCAAUAUACAGGAUAAUGAUGGCGAGACAGCUCUUCACUAUGCUACUUCCCUUCGAGAAGAGGCCGUUGUUAAGCUACUGCUCGAAACUGGCAAGGCUCAUAUUAAUAUCAAGGAUGAUAAUGGCAACACUGCCUUCCAUACUGCUAUUUUUCGCGAGUACUAUGGUAUAGCUAAGCUGUUUCUUGAUACUGGAAAGGUUGAUAUCAAUGUGGAAAAUAACUUCGGUGACACUCCACUCGAGGUGGCUAUCGAAGAAGGGCGAACGGAUCUGGUCCAUCUGAUGCGCGACAUUGGCUCUCUAGACUUAACCUGA